GUCUUGAUAUAAGACUAUGCUGAUGAGCUGGUUGUUUCUUAAAUUUGUGAUACUCACGCAAUACCGUUCACGUUUUUAUCACUUUCCUGCUGCUGCUUCGAAUAUCAGGAAAAUGCCCACCAUAGAACGCAUCUCAGCCACCUGGCAAACCAUCAAGUCUCCCCCCCGCUACCUCGUCGCCUGCGGCAUCGUAGCAAUGGUAGGACUCCUCAAUGGCCUCGACACCGGUACAAUCGGCCCCGUAACAGCAAUGUCCUCCUUCGCCGCAACGUUUGGGGCAUUAUCAUCUACCAUGCACGGUCUCGUCGUCUCUUCAGUCCUCCUAACCACAACCCUCGCUUCCCUCUUCGGCGGCGCAAUCUCCGACCGCAUCGGUCGUCCCAGGACCAUCGUUAUCGGCGCGUGCCUCUUCGCUAUCGGCGCUGCGAUCGAAGCUAGUUCCGUGACGCUGGCUAUGUUUAUAGCAGGGCGCUGUAUAGCGGGCUUGGGACAGGGCACGAAUUUCAGUACGUUGGUUGUGUAUAUCUGCGAGAUCAGCCCGCCGAGUAAACGCGGCCCGCUGGCGUCGUCGGUGCAGUUACUCAUAUGUAUGGGGAUUAUGGUGGGGUAUUUCAUCUGCUACGGUACUGUUAAUAUCGCCUCUUCCCUCUCGUGGAGGCUGCCGUUGGCGUUGCAGGCUGCUAUUGCUACUAUAGGGGCGGCGGCAAGUGCGGUGUGGUUGCCGCAUUCGCCGAGGUGGUUGGCGCAUAAGGGGCGCAGGGAGGAAGCGAGUAGGGUGUGGGAUCUUCUCGGGGUGUCGGCGGCGGAGAGGGAGAAGGAUUUAUUAGAGAAUCCGGAGGCGAUGGUUGCGGAGUCGAAUGAACUUGCUGAGUUACCCGCUGUGCACACCACAGCGCUCGAUACGGGGUUCCUCGCCCGCCUGCGCCGGAAUGGCGAGAAGAGCACUUCGGUAUUCGGGAGGGAGGGACGGAGACAGAUGGUCUUGGGGGUGUUUAUGAUGGCUAUGCAGCAGCUUAGUGGGAUCGAUGGGGUGCUUUACUACGCCCCCCUCCUCUUCCGACAAGCGGGGAUUUCGUCAGCGGAGGCGAGUUUCUUAGCUUCGGGGGUGUCAGCGAUUCUCAUCUUCGUGUCGACGAUUCCGGCGAUUCUGUUAUCCGAUAUCUGGGGCAGGCGCGCGUCGACGCUGUGGGGGGGUGUGGUGAUCUGUGCGUCUAUGGCGUUGAUUGGGAGUUUAUACGCUAGUGAUUCUGUGCAUGCUACGUCUGGUGCAGGCCGCUGGGUAGUCAUCGUAACGAUCUACAUCUUCGUCCUAGCAUACUGCAUGUCCUGGGCUGUGGGAUUCAAGAUCUUCGCCUGCGAAAUCCAACCCAUAGCCAGUCGCGCGACGGCCACUAGUCUCGGGCAGGCGGCGAAUAGUAUUACGAAUUUUGGGGUUGCGUUUGUGACGCCGGUGCUGUUGGCGAGGUCGAGUUCAGCGGUUUAUUUUUUGUUUGGGGGCGCGAGUACACUGACGCUUGUGGUGUGUGUGCUUUUUAUGCCAGAGACGAAGGGGAGGAGUUUGGAGGGGAUUGGGGAGGCGUUUCGGGUGCAUAGGGUGGGGGGAGGGGGGGUGGAGAAGGUUGUGAAGAGGGUUAAGAGGUGGGUUGGGUUUGGGGGGGUUGUGAGGGCGGGGAGGUGGGAGUAA